CAAAUGGCGUUGCUGAGAGGGCUAAUAGGACCAUCCUGGAAACUGCGCGAGCGCUGCUGAUCGAAUCAGGGCUGGGAAACUCCAUGUGGCCUCAUGCGGUGAGGCAUGCUACAGUGGCAAGGAACCGCGUACUCAUAAAGGUGGCUGAUGAUAUGUGGGUGCCGCUGGAGAGGUGGCUUGGAAAGAAGCCUCCAGUGGACAUGCUUAGAGUGUUCGGAUGCAUGGCUGUGGCGCAUGUCCCUAAACCGUACAGGACAAAGCUUGGAGCAUCUGCACUGUGGUGUGUGCACCUUGGGCUUGCGGCAGGGAGCAAGGGGUGGCUACUCUGAGAGUCCUCAAAGAAUGUGUUGUUUGACGGUCGGGAUGUCAAAUUUGUGGAGAACAUCAUAUAUGGCAAGUGGGAGAAGCAGCCGGAGGCAAGGGUCACUCAGCAGCUGGAAGAGAUCACUAUGCACUUCGAUUUGUCCGAACCUGAGGAUAGCGAAGUCACUGCGCAAACGGCAAGCGGUACUGAUGAAGGAAGCAAUGAGGAUAUUGCAGCUGAUGCUGAAGUCAAGGAUCCGGAGCAGCAGCAGCAAGAGGCUUCCAAAACACCAAGUCUGCCAAAGCGAAGGAAACAGAUUGGUGGGGGGACAAAGGAUUGGGUGAAGGUGAAAGAAUGGGUAAAUCCAGCCACCUACCCUGCACGUACCAGAAUGGCAACGAGAAAGCUGCUGAGCUCUACAAGUGGAGGAGCCACAACUGAGCAACAGCAACAGGCUCAAGGCGAAGAUGCAGUGCUGUUCUUGGGUGAUGACCAAGAGUCAGAUGACGAGGAGCCUGCAUACUGCUUUUACGCACCAGUACAACCUCCGAGCAUGGAUCAUGCGCUAGCCGGGCCUCAACGGGGGAAGUGGCUCGUUUCGAGAGAUGCAGAGUACAACAGCCAGAUGGAGAAUCACACAUGGGACCUGGUAAACUUGCCAAAUGGGAAGAAGGCUAUACAGUGCAAGUGGCUGGCAAAAAUCAAGACGGAUGAGAAAGGAGAGCCAUCAGUUUACAAGAGCAGGCUGGUGGCAAAGGGGUUUCAGCAGAAAGAGAAGGAAGACUACAAAGAAGUGUUUGCUCCAACUGCUAAGUCUCCAACGCUACGUGUGCUGCUGGCGGUAGCUGCUGUGCGCAAAUGGAAGAUGAAGCAGAUGGACAUCGUAACCGCUUUUCUGUACGGCAUAGUGGAAGAGGAGGUGUACAUGGUUCAACCACCUGGCUAUGAGGAUGGAACCGGUCGUGUCUGCAAACUCAACAAGGCCAUCUAUGGCUUGAAGCAGGCCCCGAGAUGCUGGUACAACAGGCUGGCCAGUGCAUUGGAAGGGAUUGGAUUCCGUGCGAGUGCAUGCGACGAGAGCCUAUUCCUGAUGGGCGAGGGGGAGUCGCUUGUGCUUCUGCUGGUGUACGUGGAUGACAUCCUGCUCUUCAGCAGCAGUGACAAGGAGAUCGAUGGAGUGCAGCGGAAGCUCACAGAGCAGUUCGAGUGCAAGUCACUUGGAGAGGCAAGGUACUACCUGGGAAUGCACAUUGAGCGGGAUACUGAACGUGGCUGGCUCAAACUGCAUCAGGGACAGUACAUCAACACCUUCGCUGAGAAGUACUCUCUGCAGGAAGAACGGGAAGUGGUUACACCUUUGCCUUCCGAGUUCAAACUCAUAAAGGCAGCUGAAGGAGAAGGAGUUGAAAGUGAAGACCAGAGGCAAUUCCAAUCCAUGGUCGGGAGCCUACUCUACGCUGCUGUGCAUACUCGGCCUGACAUCAGCUUUGCUGUGGGACAGCUGGCUCGAGUAGUGCAAAAUCCAACAGAAGAGCAGUAUGGUGCAGCGGAGAGAGUGGUGCGCUACCUCAAGUCAUACCCUACGGUGGGAGUACAGUAUUCAGCCUCUGCUCAACUCAGGCAAAAGGGAGUUGAAGUCCUCAAAGAGAAGGGGGAGCAGCUCGGAGAAGGAAAGGUGUUCCUUUCCUAUUUUGCUGAUGCCACAUGGGCUUCUGAGCAUGAGGAUUCAUCAUCAGUUGGUGGAUACAUCUGCAUGGUGGGAGGUGGGCCUGUAAGUUGGAGGUCCAAGAAGCAGUCUGAGACGGCACUAUCUUCAGUGGAAUCUGAGUACAUGGCGAUGUUUCAUGCGGCAAAAGAAAUCAUCUGGCUAAGGAGGCUCUUGAAGGAGAUCGGCCAUGAACAGACUUGUGCGACACCUUUGUUCAGUGACAGCAAGGGAGCCAUUGCCAUGGCACGCAAUGCAGUUCUUCAUGGGUUGAACAAGCACAUGAGGAUCAAGUGGCAUUGGCUGCGGAAGGAGGUGAAGCUUGGGACACUGGAUCCGAUCUACGUGAAAACUCAGCAACAGCCAGCCGACUUCCUUACCAAGCGGCUAGCUGAAGAGCCACACUGGCGAUGUGCGAGGAUGGCGGGAAUGUCCUUGAACUAGAGACGGCGAAACAAGCCGACAGUCUGAGGGGGAGUGUGUUGGUGCAUAUUCGUUUGCACGUCAUCU